UUCACAGGGAAGAUUCACAUCUGACAGUGUGUGCUCCGGCUGUGGAGUCUGCUGUGGAGUGUGUGUGUGUCACAGUGAAUGACAAAGAGAGAGAGGCAGGGAGAGAGGAGGGAGAGCGGACAGGCUCAGAGGGAAGAUCUUGGGGGCAAUAGAUCUGGUUUGUUCAGCUGAAAGACCAAACACAACAGGAUGGAUUUCUGCACGACGUGAACGAGAAACAGCAAGACUGCCCUACAUUAAACAGCAGCCAGGAUGUCAGGGAUGGACGCCCCCCUGGUGGACCACAACGACACCGGACUGUCCUCCAUAGACAAUGGGACUUUUUUACGUUUCUCUCCAACUUCUGCUUCCACAUCUGCCGCCGCUUCGUCACCAGGACGACCGGGCAAUGUUUACGUCUACGUGUGGCUCUUCCUGGGCCUGCUGGUGUUCCUGUUGACGCUGCUCAUCAUCUCCCUCCACAGGCUGAAGAACAUCAUCAGCUCCUCUUCAUCUGUUCCAGACUGCAGCAGCGAGGGAGGGAGCUCCUUCACCAAUAUGGAGAUCUGUAGCAUCUCCUCGCAGAGAUCCACAAUCUCCUCACUGUCCACCUGAAGACAGCUGACAGACAAGGACAGACACAUUUGUCCAUGCCGUCAUGAAUGCAUGCUUUAAUAAAAACACACGGACUGAAAAGCAGACAUGCACAUAGAGGUCUCCUUAACUGUGACACACAAAACAAAUGACACCUUCAGCCACAGGGGAGCUGACGGCAUGGUGUUUCUUUUCCAUGCAUGCGUAUUUUACUCCUAGUGGUUUAGUGAGUCAGGUGUAUCCAUGCAGAUUUCAACAGCACAAGAGAAACACAGAUUACAAUGUGAUGAAGAGGUCAGAGGGAGAAGAAGAAAGAGAGAGUAAACUCAACUGAACCUUCUUUCAGUGAUUAAGAGAAAUGAACCAGAGAAACAGCACACUCCCUGCGGGAACAAGAGUAAUGAGGAGCAAUUAUCUUUCCAGCUCUUUUUUUUUUUUUUUUUUUUUACAACUCAUGUCUUGCACUGUGCUUGUCAUAUUUAGAUCAAACAACAUUGUUUCCAAGUCAUACUGUUUACAGCAUGUCUCGUGAUGUCUGUAGAAAACAAUACAAAAUUAAAUAACAGUAAAGAUACUUUGUCCAGAUAUGCAUGCUUGUGCCCGGAGUGUAUAAGCAGAGUUUGGGAUCAUGUCAGAGUCUGUGUGAUACCAAAUAAUGGAAAAAAAAAACCAAAAAAAAAAACCUUGCAAAUACCAAACUGCUCUGUGAGUCUUGAGACAGAAAGGUGAAGAUAGACAUUCCUACUGAGGAUGUGAAGGUGAGAAUGACAUGAAAGGGUGAAAUGAAGGUUGGAUUUAACAGGCGGGCAGCUUCUGCCUGUAGGUACAGAGGGAAAUGGUAAAAAAAAAAAAAAAAAA